GAGAUCCCAGGGGAGCGAGAGAGAGUCCGGGAGGUAGACUUUUGGGACGGUGUCAUAACUGUACACUGUGUCUCUCCGCUUUAUCAACUUUAAAUGGGAAUCUCAAGGAGUUUGGAGCAUUUUUAUUCCGUACUUUCUGUAGUGUUUCUUCUCCGUUCUCGUUUAUGAUUUUGAUAAACGAUUCAUUUCCCUCGGUGUUCUCAGGAGGAUCGUAUCUAAUUUCUCACAGUGCAGCGGAGGCACUGAACUCGGGAAUGCCUUUUUCUCUCUUCUUUCUUUUUCUUUUGUUAGCAGUGAAUAUGUUAAAAUGAACGCCGACUGUAGAAAAUAAGUUGGUGGGUCUGUUAAAGAAGUCGCUUUGGUUUCGGACCCAGUAUAAUUACCAAGUUAUAUGUGAAGUAAGGCAACGGUCCAUUUGCUUUGGUUAAUAAUAAGAUAAUACGGUGUACUGAAUUUAACUUCUUCGAGGAUUAUUUUUCGCAACUCCUUGGUUGUAAAAUAUUACCCAACCUUUUGGCACGACAUUAUAUGUUAACAUGCCUUAUAAGUUUCCGGCGGCAACCUGUAACCCAGCCUUUGAAGUUCAAGUCGUCGCUCUUCUGCGUUUUCGGUGGAUUUAUCCAGAAAAUGUGGCGCCCACAGGACGUGCUGCCUUCUGACGCUGUUUGUCAACUUCUGUUCGCUCGCAAAAUGUGAUUGUAAGGCACAGUGACUGGUGUACACCGUAAUAAUAAUAAUAAUAAUAGUAGUAGUUCGGAUACGGAUGAAGAUCGACACACUGUUGCCAGGACCUGCCCUUCUGGGAGAGGAUACAGCAGUUCAACUAUAAGGCAAACACGUUACAAAUGAGGACAUUUGUUGUCUGUCUCAUGAAGACCAGGCUGUUGGAAACCAAUGCACACUUCAGGCUCUAACACAACACAACGUGUCUUCAUGGUGCAUUUGUGCAUGCGAUGUUCAGCCACGCAUAUUAAUGACACUGGAUAAAAGUUCACUAAAGCUUGUUUUUAUCUCGGAGGAUAUCAGUUUUCUGUAACGCAGGUGCUGGCUCCAUGUGGGCACUGAGAGAUACGCAUUUCUAUAACGUGUAGAGUUUGAAUAUUAACUCUGGUGCUGAAUGGAAGUCUGAGUUAUGAGUUUGAGUUAUGCUGGCAGUGCUCCAGCUUUAAACAUUUGGAUUGUAUCUAUUUCGCAGUAGUCGUCGAGGCAGAAAGAAGAAGUGGAACGUGUAUAAAUAUUUUCUUGUUUAUCCGUGGUCUUGCCUGCUUUGAAGUCCACCAUGUGCGGCCGGGCACCGCCGCUACAGCCGAGGCCAUGACCGUCCCUCAGCGGCGCCUGGCCGGGCUCUGGCCGUGGCUGCUCAUGGCGGCCCUGCAGGUGGUGCUGGGCCAGCCGGGCCUGGAGUCCGAGCGGCCGGCCCUCCGAGCGGUCAUCAAGGUGACACUGCUGAAGAACGAGCCUACGGGGAAGCCCAUCACUCUGGAAGGGGUGUUCGUGGGAGGAAGUGCCGGAUACGCGGAGGGGAAACUAAUGCAGUAUCACCCUUUGUUUCUGUGCAACACGAGCGAGGAUGAACGACAAGAGAGUGACUUCAUCACCAUUGUCAAGCUGGAGCACAGGGUCCCCCGCUGUCUGCCGCUGCUGGACAAGGCUCGCAUGGCGCUGGAUAAAGGAGCUCAGGCUGUUAUCUUUGAUGUCAGUGAUGAUGCCAACGCUGCAGCUGAGCUGCGAGAGACAGACUCCCUCCCCCUUCCCGUCGUGCUGGUGAAGGCUGAGGACGCCGAGGAGCUGAUGGGUUUGGUCAACAAGAAUGAGGAGGCCAAAGUUCGUAUUGAAAUCAUGGUGGAGCAGUCUAGAUGGCCACAUUAUGACGUGGGGAUCCUGCUCACCAUCGUCCUGGCUAUUCUGACCAUCGUCUUAAUCUUCGCUUUCCGCUACAAGUGCAAGUCCAACAGAACCUGGGACUCUGUCCAUCAGCAGACCAUGCGGGCCAUUAGUCGACUGGAGACCAAAACCUACAGCUCUCAGGGCUGCUCAGGCUCACACCGCCACCGAGCGGCCUGGGGGUCGGCCAGCAGCUCCAACUCGAGCCCCGUCUGUGCCAUUUGCCUGGAGGAGUUCCAGGACGGGCAGCAUUUGAGGAUCAUCUCCUGCGCUCAUGAGUUCCAUAAAGACUGUGUGGACCCCUGGCUGCUGCAGCACCGCACCUGUCCCCUCUGCAUGCACAACAUCAUGGGUGAGGACAAGAGUAUUUCCAGAACGGAGCGGCAGCCCCAGAGGAACAGACUCCAGCAGAGUCCAGAACAAAGCCAAGGCUUCCUGCACGCUCAGCCUUACAGCAGCCCACACAACCACCCCUUCCCUCAGCAUGCUAUCCCCUUCUCUAUGAGGCCCCACUAUCCUCGUGGACCCUCUGGACCAUAUCCCUCUCUGGGCCACUACAGUGGCUCUUCUCCCAUGGACACCCAAACACUGCGUUUCCUCACCAGCAGGCCGCUCGGCUCCGGCUGCGGGUACCGCCUUCCUGCGGAGGGUCCCGGAAGGCCCCACAGGAUUGGAGGUAACUGCAGGACGUCCACACACCACUACACCCCUCGUCGGUCCUGCCACAACUAUCGCUCGUCCUGUCCGACCCAGCGCAGUGCAUCCUGCUCCAGACUGCACCACACCGCCACUGUCCCACCACAGACCCGUGGAGCAGCAGCCCACAGCCGGCAGGACGAGGGCAGCUGCUCCGGCGGCAGCUACCACACAGAACGCAGUGGAUACUUGGCUGACGGGCCAGCGAGUGACUCCAGCUCCGGGCCCUGUCAUGGCUCCUCCAGUGACUCAGUUCUCAACUGUACUGACAUAUCCCUGCAGGGAGUUUAUGGCAGCUGGUCCACCUUUCGUAGCUCUCUGAGUAGUGACUACGAUCCAUUUGUGUAUUACGCGCCAGGUCCUGGGCGGGGGCCCCGCAGAAACAGCCUGGAGGCUGGUGCCCAGGCCCGGCCCAGGUCUCUGGACUCUGUGGUGAACAAAGCGGGCUGCCCUGAAGAACAGCCACAGACUGUGCUCAGCCACAUCCACUACCACCGCCACAGACACCACCACUACGAGGAGGGGGAGCACAGCCAGGGCCCGAGCAGAGGCUCGGACGAGGAGCAGGGGGCCGCCGCUGCUGCUGCACCUGCUGCUCUCGUCCCGGACAAAGACUCACCUGUGUGUCCUCCUAAGCACAGCCCCUGCCUGUGCCCAAAGCCGGACCCAACAGAUCGGCCGAGCCCGGGACAGACAGAGUGUCAGGACCUCGACCCCAGCAGCCCUACGGGACCUGCUGUCCUGAUGUCCCCAAUCCCCUUACAGCUCCAACCCCACUGCUGCCACCAGGGACACGGACACCCUCCCGCUCCUCUGGGGCGAGUGGGUGGCUGUGUGCUUGAUGGUCCCUCAGUCCGCUUCCACCAGAGCCUGGAUCUGCAGGAUGACCGUAGCAUCCACAUUCACUACGGCCAGGGUCCGGGCUUCUGCUGCUCCCCCCCUGAGCUGCACCCCGCUCUGCUCCCCGUGCCCCUCAUUCUGGACUCUGGAGGGAUGGAGGACUGGACUUGCUGCGCCGGGGCCCAUGUUGUGUGGCAGAAACGGGUGCAGCAGGCCCGCUCAGAGCCGCAGCUCCUGGGGCCUGGGACUCCUAUGGACAGCCCCCCCUGCAGGUUCCCCCACGGGCCUGCUGCUGACUGCAACACAGACAUUUGUUUAUACUGCCAAACAUUACACCACAAUCAGGGAUCAGAAGAGGAGUCCGGUGUGUGAGAACUUGUUGCAUCCCCAUUAUCACGCUGCUACACAGGAGCCAGAAUGGACAAGCCUCUCAUUGGCUGAUCGCUCUCAUGUCUUCCACAUGAUUCCACCAGCAAUGCCUUUCGUUCGGACGAUUCCCCAGCUGCCGCCAGGAUUCGAAGCUCACACACUGAAAAGCGCUUUCAGCCGAGCCGGUCGGGUUGUUAUUAAAAGUGAAAUUAUUGUGAUUAGAUUCUGCGAAAGAUGAUUUAUUAUCAAAAAUACAUGGAAUGAUUUAACUGUUUAGAGACAGGGAGUUGCUAGGGAAACGACUCAGACACCACAAAGGGGAAAAAGUGUUUUUCUGUGUUUCUCCUGGUCAGUUCUAAAGAAGAAUAUUCAUUACUGACAUGAUAUCACAAGCUCCAUGCUCCUUAGUGACAACUAACGAAUGAUCCUUGCUUUGGGUGUUGAGCCCUGAUGAAGUGAGACUCCAUCUGUGCAUUGCUCAAUUUAAUAUUACAAAAGAACUUGAUUUAUCUUAGAGGUACUUAACUUUCACUCGUGUGAUCGUGGUCUUCCUUCGCUGAGUCCAUCUCAGCUGAGGGAAGCUUUACCCUCCAGCCUACCUCAGCUCAGAUUUCUUAACAUGCCUCACACAGGGGGGUCUUUAAAGGUACUGCUGUAGUAAUUUUUUUUUUUUUUUUUCGUUUGUGUGUCACAACCAUGUAGCUCCCAUAAACUCAACUCAAAAAGAUCCUGUUGGCAGUCUGACCUGUCUAAACGGAGAGAAAGGUUGAUGCUCAGCCCCUCAAACAAUGAGCAUUCACUGAGGUUGCUGAGCCGUGCAUGGGCCUUGUUUUCAUUAUUUCAAUAAUGGCAGCUGUUUUUAACAUUUUUGUUUGUGUUUUUGGAUCAUUUUCUGUUUUGUUUUGUUUUUUUUGUUGUUUUUUUUUGUAGUGUGUAAUUUUUUUUUCACCUUUCAAAAUGAACCGGUUUUGACUGAAUUAUGUCAUCGUCAUUACAAGCUAUUGUCUCGUUCUUGUCAUUUCUCUUGCCAGUGGUUACUUCACAUGUUUGACCUCAGUGCUGUUGAACCCCCUGAUCUGUGCAGAGUGAACAGGCCUCACCAGAAGGAUAACAACCACGUCCUCUGCUCCUUUAAUGCCCAUCUCAUCACAAUGUCCCAUUAUCCUCCAAAGAGGAUCCCCCCCCCCCCCCCCCCCCGCGCCCCGCUGUCUCCCAGCAACUAAAGCUCUAGAAAAAUGACUAUAUAAUAAUGAUAAUAAUAUAACUGGAGUAAAGCCAUGCUAGGUAGACUUCACAGUCCCCAGCAUCAGCUGAGUCUGUUUGCAUUAGCACCAGUUUAAAGAAAGCUUGGUGUGCUUUUCCCAUGAUUUCACACUACAAUGGGUAGAGUCUGAGAAAAGUCUCAGGAACAAUCAAACACUGGAAAGAUGGGAAGAAUUUAUCUUAGUUACAGUAAUGAUACCCACAAAAAAAAAAAAAACAUCCUUUGUCGUGGUACAUGUGCAUCGCCAGUCCCUGCUUUUGAGCUUACAGCACUUGAAGGAAAAUCCACCUUGAAUCAGAAAUCAAAUACAGUAUUGAGAUUGAUUUUUUUUUUUUUUUUUUACAUUCUGGUAGUUUUUAAAUUUUUAACCAUCUCUCAAAACUUGAAAUGACAGAAUCCAUGUUUAACUCUUUGUUGCCCAGUACUCCCUCUGUGCUCCGACAAAAUUCCUCUGUCCAUUAAACUGUGUAGAUAAAGGUCGACCUCACCGCGCCAUCAAAGAUCUUGUAUUUGGCUGAACCGCAGACAUCUUCAUGCUCACAUGUACUAGACUUAAAUAUUCCCAGAUCAGAGGAGGAGGAAUUCUGUUUUAGCGUGGACUUUCCCUUAAAGGCUCAGUGAAAAUGUGAAAGGAUUUUUCUUUGCAGUCAGACUGCAGACACACUUUAGCUUAGCACAAGCAGCAGACAAAGAGCUCAUGGGUAUUGCAGUGUAACCAGUAGCACUUACUAAAAGCCUCACACGUGCCUUAUUCUUUCAAACUGUCCUAAAUCAGGAAGCUCCUGACACACUAAGCUCUUACCUGUCUAACCAAAGACACAAAAUCUUGAACACAGUGAACUUCUAACAUGUGUUGUGCCUUUUGUUUUCCUGCUUUAUCCCUGUCCUUAAAUCUCAGAAUUAAAACUUCCUUCACUGACAAGAGGGAACGUGCUAGAAUCAAAGUGGAAAUCAUUUUGGACUCAAUAUUUUGGACAAUCAUGCAGAAUUUUUCACCUGCAGUUCCUCAGAGUAAUACCUCACACAGCGUCCUCUAGCUAAAGUAUCACAGUUUCCUUGUCUGCUAUUUUUCCUGCCCAAACAGUCUCUGAGAUGGAAAUGACUGAAUUACAAGCAGCACUUUGGCUUCAGUAGAUUUUAUAUUUAAAAAAAAAAGAAAAAGAAAAACAACACAAAUCUAAUAGUAUUAAUUCAAAAAACAAUCCCAAAACUAUCAGCACAUUAAAAAAAAAAAUAGCAUUUGGUGAUGCCACAGAAUAUCUGAUGUGAUUUCAUCCUGUUCAAGAUCUUUCUCUUUGCGUUGUUUAUGUUUGUUUUGUUAUGUUUUGCAAGAAUAAUGAGCUGAAACUGCCUUUUCUAAUAGAGUAAAAAUCCCUCCAGAACUUUAAGGGAUAUAUCAGUAUAUUUUGGAUACUUUGUGUACAAAAAGAGAACAACAAAAACAGAAAUGAAAUAGUGUUGUAUUUUAUAUAUAAUAGAACAUUUCAAUAUAGUGACAUGUCACUAAUAUAUUUAUUUACUAAUAUAUUUAUCCAUUUUGUCCAGGUUUGAAAGAGUGGUUUCUGUAUAGACUGAAUGUUCCUAUAUGGAAACUGACCAGUGCCAUCACAGAUGUAUCAACCUGUCUUCAUUCCAAGUAUAUGCAAAUAAAUUAUUUUGAAAUAAAACCUCUGAUGUCGAGUUCAGUUUUUCUGCAGGAGAAUCCAGUGAAACUCCCUCAGAGUGUAAAGAGCUGUGAGUCAGUGUGGUAAGGAACAGUUCCCCCACUUCGUUUAAAAUCAAACCAUUAAAGUGUCAAAACUUUGAUUUACAAUACGAUUUGGUGCCGGGACCCUUUCAGGAAAUUGUAUUUAAAGAGUACAGAGUUUAAAAUGUGCUGCUAGAGGAACAAACAUUAUUAACUGUAAAAGUUGUAUGAUAAUUGGAAUAAGGAUUUUAAGUUAAUACAAAAUGGAAAAAAGUGCCUGUAUUUCACCAAGAGCAUAACCACUAAUGAAGCUCUAUGGUAGACAGAUGACAAAUAGAGAUAAGACUCAUAUGUUUGAUUCAAAAUUGAAAAUUGAAACAAAAUCCAUAUAUUGACAUAUUGUAUAUGUCUAGCUAAUAGAAACAUGUAUUUUAGUAUGUCUGUUUAUAUUAUAGGUUUAUAUUUUAGACAUAUGUUACAUGACUAUAUAUCCAUCCCAAAGCCUGCCAUUAAAUGGUCAUUAUUUAAGUAGAUAUAAAAGAUACAUUAAAUUUAAUAAAAAAUUAUUAAGAAAAUCAUAUAGAACAUAUAGAAUCUUUAUAAGCAUGUUGUUUUAAGUUGCAUUUCAUAUAUGUUAUAAACUAGUAUAGUAAUCCAUAAAAAGUCAUAGUAUAUUAAGGUAUAUAUAUAUUAUAUAAAUAUAUAUAUAUAUAUAUAUAUAUAUGUGUGUGUGUGUGUGUGUGUGUGUGUGUGUGUGUGUGUGUGUGUGUGUAGGGGGGCAUUUAUAUAUACAUAUAUUGUAUAUAGGGCAUAUAUAUAGGGCAUUUCCUCUUAGGGGCCCCCUGGUGGCCGUGGUGCCCUAAGCACGCCCUGACCUCAGUGACAGUGCUGUUGUCAUUUCUGCACUUACAUAAACAUAAAGCAACAGGAACAUUUUUCUGUCCAAAUGAAAAUAUGAAUUUUGUUAUAAUUUGAUCUAAAACCUACUGCCCGCAGCCAGUUAGCUUAGCUUAGCAUAAAGACUGGAAACUGGGGGAAUCAACUAACCUGGCUCUGUCCAGAACCCACCUACCAGCUGCUCUAAAGCAAUAAGUAUAAGUGAAGUGUAAUGUUUUUUUUUUUUCUUUGCUUCACUUUGCUUUUUGCUUUGUUUAUUUUCUGA